AUGUCGAGCGCCGUGUUCUUCUUCUCCUUCAUCUCUGCGGUCACUGCUGCACCGCUCUCCACAUUCUACAGUUUCCUGCCGCAUUAUGGGAACCCGAUGCCCUCAGGGCCGUCCAACCAGGCUGCGAACGACAUGUUCUCACCAUCACAUCUCCAAGCAGGAAUGACCACGCCCAUCAGCAUGGAGAUUUUGCUUCCACCAAGAUUCACAGGAGCUGCAGGAGGACAAGGAGCUGGAGCUGGGACGAACAGCAUGUUUCCUGGUGUUCCAGCACAUCUUCAGCCUGGAGUGAACACUCCUAUCAGCAUAGAGAUUCUCGUGAUCCAAUCUGGCAACCCAAAAGUUGUAUUGUGGAGGGAGAUUUUCUCUGAUUUCUGUUUGUUUUUUAUUCCUCAGGGUUUUAUUAAGUACUCUCUCCCCAAAGCUCCUGGUAGAAAGAGUGUAGAAAUUUAUUAUCCCUACAACUUCGGAACAGGCGAGGUGUUGCCAAACGUGUUGCCACAAAUCCCCAACAUUUUCCCCUUCAGUUAUCCACCACAGACCGGCCCUCAGCAGCAGCCACCCAGGCAGGCGGCUCCUCCUCCACAGGCCAAUGAUCAGCCCUUCGUCUUCAACUACCCACAGACCGGCCCCCAGCAGCAGCCCCCCAGGGUUGCUGAUCCUCAACAGCAGAUUCAACAGGACCCACAAGUCCCAGCAGGCCAGGUUCCUACACAGCCAUAAAGAAGACGUAAUGUUCCUGUUUUCAUGCCGAGGUUCUGAAGGACGUGGACGUUCCGGCAGCAGACGAGGAGUUUGGAGAUAUUUUGCAGAUGUUUUAGUGUUUAGCUGUAAGAACUGAAGCUGGAGUAAAAUAUUUAA